CGUAGGGUCGACUCCCCCUCGAACAGAUAUCUUAGUUAAUACUUCGCUACUUUUGGAUACACUUCUUUCGGAGGAGAAAUAUGACCGAAAACUUCGUCCAGAAUUUGGAGGUCCUGCAACCACCAUACUUACAGACAUCGAGGUCCGAAGCUUUGGAUCUAUAUCGGAAACAGAUAUGGUGUAUUCAAUGGACUGCUAUUUCCGACAGACAUGGUGGGACAAGCGAUUGGUGUUCGAGAGUAAUGAGCUGGAAGUCCUUUCCAUGGACUGGAAGUUCCUACAGAGAGUUUGGAUUCCCGAUACAUAUUUCUUAAAUGGAAAAAGUUCAUAUUUACAUAAUGUGACGGUCCCCAAUAAGUUCAUAAGGGUUCGUCGAGAUGGUCAACUAAAAUAUUCUAUGAG